AAUAUGAGCGGUGAUUUCGCUGCCGCCGACAACAACCAGUCGCACAACCAACUUGAGGGCGAGAACGCGACAAUGUUCGAUUCGGUCUCAGGAACUGACAAUAACGGAGUAGCGGCUGGUGAUGACGUUACGAUGAAACGGAAAUCGGAAAUGACAGGCCACGAGGACGAAGAGAGGGCGACGAAGAUGGUGAAAACAGAGGCGGGACUGAGUGAAGAGACAAAUGGACAAGGGGCACCACACGGUGAAGAGAAUCCCCCGGGUGUGGAUGUUAAAGAGGAAGCUGAUGCACCAAAAACAGAGCAGCCGGAAGAUGAGCCGGUGGAGCUAGUGAUUGAAGACUUGUUCACAGUUUACGUCUCAGCCAGACGUCGUAACUUCAAAAUUCCAGAGGAGGUUGUCCAGCAAAUCAAAGAGGAGUUCGCGUCUAGUGGAGUUAACGUUCUAGAUGUGUUCUCAAACAAUCCAUUCAAUUUCUCAGUGAGAGUGUCUGAAAAAGACGAGAUCCAGAAAUUAAUCGACAGUUUCCACAAGAAGGUUGUCGCGGGACUGGAGAUCUACGUGAAGAUGAAGACGCCGAAAACAGGCCAGUAUGUGGUGAAGUUGAAGCCAGUGAAUGGGAACGUGGUGUUCGACUACGAGUACUCAGAGGAGGUGACGGAGGUGCUGAAGAAGAUGGACAUUGACGUGCAUAACUGCAGAAGCAUCAGAGGACAGUCUGUGGAAAUUCACCUGUUCAAUCAGGAAGACAUUCACAAAGUCGUAGAAAGGUUCAACAACACAAAUUUCGGCUAUAUAGACAUAGUGGCAGAAGCCUUUGACGAGACAGAGCAAGAAUCGAGUAAAAGUGUAAAUGCAGCCGACUCCAGCUUCACAGCCGACAGUCAAAACGGAGAGACAAUUAAAAGCGAGGAGGAUGGAGGAGGUGAUACGAGUAGCAAUGCGGGGGAUAAUAUGAGCACGACGAGUGGGGGAAAAGAGUCUUCGACGUCGGAAGAGAAUCUGAGCUGCGAGCCAUUUGUGUUCGCGGCCAUGAAGACAAAUUCCGACUCCUUCACACCCAAGAACAUGAAAAUACUCUGUAAAGCAUUUGAAGACGAGUCCAUAGUUGUUUCUCGCAGCAACACAGCCUCAGCUGGAAAGUUUGCUUACUUUUUUGUGAAAACAUGGGACGAUGUGGAGAAGUUUUUGGACAAGUUUGGAAACAAACUCAUAAACAGCAUGCUCAUUAAUUUCGAGAAGGGGUCCAGAAAGAGUCCAUACAUGCAACAGAACUCCUCAGAACAACAGAACAGAUACAAUAACAACAGAGGGGGAGGAGGAGGAAACUACAGAGGUGGAGGUGGGGGAGGGGGCUACGGCGGAGGAGGCCCACGAGGAGGCGGGGGUUACAAUAACAGGGGCGGGGGUGGAUACGGCGGGGGUCGAGGAGGAGGAGGUUACUAUGGCGGGAAUCAAGGCGGAUGGGGAGGAAACAGAGGCUACGGAGGUGGUUACCAGGGCUACGGGGGCGGAGGAAGAGGAGGGGGAUAUCGCGGCGGAUACAGAGGCUGGUGAUACUCCUCGAACCCUCUUCCUUCAAUGCAACCUAAUUGGCCUCGUUGACAUCCCGUGUCCAAGACUGAAUAUAAAAAUGAAAUGAAAUAUUGCAGCAUGUUUUAACAGUCGUCAUCCGUGGGGUGCCUCUUUUGUACAGGAGUUCUCUCGUGAUUUGAAAAUAUUUUGGUUUCUUAAGCUACACAAAUUUGAUUGUCGUUCAUUGGAUGUUUUGUUAUGAUUUUGUUUAUUUAUCAGUAUAAUUUACGAUCUGUCUCCCA